AUGCGUACAUCUGUUACUGUAUUUUUUAUUUUAUUAAAUAUUCUUUUAUGUUUCGUGUGGUCAGCAGCAAAGAAAAUUCAUGAUGAAGAGUUUUCUGAAUUUGACGAUUUUGAUGAAGAUGAAUUUGUUGCUGAAACUCCAUCUCCACCCGGUGCUAGUCAGUUAUCAUCUAAAACACAAUUUAAUCAGCCAGAUCAAACUAAAAACGAGGGUUUAUCUCAACCAUCGAUGAGUAAAACAACAGAACAAACAACUCAUGAUAGUGUCACUAUUGAUGAUGAUGAUGAUGAUGAUCUUAUGUUUGAUGAAGAAGAAUUUGAAGCGACUGAUCUAUUUUCAUCGGCACCUACACCAGAUUUUAAAAUUGCUGAAGUUCCUGCUAAUUUAACAGGCAAUCGAUGGGAAUCGUAUCAUUGUGAAGCAAUAAUGAUUCUUGUAUUAUUGAGUUACUUAAUAAAUUUUCUUAUUGGACGUUCGAAAAAUGCUCGCCUUGCAGCAACUAUUUAUAAUUCCCAACGUGAUUUACUUGAAAGAAAAUUUUCUCUCGUUGGUGAUAAUGGUCAAACACAAACUACAAAAUCAACUGAUGAACAAAUAGAUAAUGAUGUCGUAUCAAAUAAUAUUCAUAAAGAAUCUGAAAGUUUAUAUGUACUUUGGUGUAGUGGUCGAACAUCACUUGAAAGUAUGCUGAUUGAAAUGCGUUUUAUUAAACGACAAUGUUUAUUUAAUUCAUUGGCUGCAUUAAUUAAAUCAUUAAAUGAUAUGAUUAUUUAUACUAUUGAUUAUAGUAAAGAUGAUAUGGAAACAUUUGUAUUUUGUCUAGCAAAAAAACGUUCUGCUGUUAAAUUACAUCGUGACAUGAAUGAUCUUAGUCAAUUUUGUUCGGAACGAAAAAAUGCUGAAAAACAUCGUUUAAGCGGAAAUUAUCAGAUAUUAAGUGAAAUCAGUGAAGUAUCAAAAAUUAUUAUUGAUAAUCGAGUAGGAGAUUUUAUUAACAAAUUUCCUGAUGCACUUGAAUACAUUCAUAUUAGUGAUCAAUAUACGGGAAUGAAAAUACAGAAUGAUAAUCAACAAUCAUCAUCUAGUCAACCGUCAAAUAAUGGUACUACUGUUGGAUCGAAUGGUGUUAGUGCAACACAACAACAGGAUGCAUUAAAUUUAAGUGAACGUUCUGUUCGUCGUGUAUUAAUUGUUGCGUUUAAUUUAAUUCCAUCUAAUGAUCGUUCAUUACAAAUUACAACAGAAACUGUUAUUAACGAUUAUUCACGUUUUGUAUUACAUCUAGCGGAUCAUGUUGGUUUGUUUCGUUUUACGUCUAAAGAAUCAAAAGUUAAAACUUUGAAAAAUCGUCAACGUAUUGAAGAACAAUUUUUAAAGAAUGUCAAUCAACAACGGCAAGAACAAGCUCAACAAAGACGUGAAGAAAAACGUCGAGCUGAAAAAGAAAAAAUUAUGCAAUCUGAUGAUCCAGACAAGCAACGCAAAUGGGAAGAAAAAGAAUAUAAACGUGAAAUGAAACGACGACAACCAAAAAUGAAACAAAUGAAAAUAAAAUCCAUGUAA